AUGUUGGUUACUUUAAUUGCUGAUUUUGAUAACUUUGACAAUCCGAUUGAAGUACCGGUUUCAAAGAUAUCAGUUGCAACAAUUAUGAUAGUCAAGGUAAGUGUUUUACUUGUUUUUUUGCUUUUUAGUUUUUUUAGAAAACUUUUUUGAAAAAAAGUGUUAAAAGAUCGAUUUGCAAAAUAAUUUUGUUAAUGUCUUUCCCUAAUUACUGAACUUAGUUUAGGAGUGGAUGUUAGCCCACAAAGAAGAUGGAGACAUGUUUAAAAACGAAACUACGUCUGAAUGGGAUUCAACAUUGACCGAAAGUGAACGUGCCUUUUUCCAUAAACUAUCAGAAAAUGAGUUAUACGAAUUAAUAUCAGCUGCAAACUUUCUUGACAUGCCUCAUUUACUAGACAAAGCAUGCGAGUUGGUUGCUGGUAUGGUACGAGGGCGUUCUUCGGAAGAAAUAGCUCAAAUUUUUGGGCUAAAUUCGUUGGCAGCUGCUAAGCGUAACACAGUAGACGUUGAAAAUCAAUGGUUGGGAGAUUGA